CAACACUACACUACACAACAUACAAAUGCCGCGAAUUUGUUUAUUGGCGCUCAUUGGACUGCCAGCUGCUGGGAAGACUCAACUGAGCAACUGGCUCCUGGAGAAUCAGACAAUUCUAAGCGACUGGAACACGCUUCACCUCUGCUAUGAUGACUAUUUGGAUAUAGAAUCCACUAAAGAUUAUAAAGAGCAGCGUAACUAUAUACACCAAUUGUUAAGCCAGCUAAUAGACACACUUAAAGACACUGAGAAAGCAACCAAAUUGCCUCCAAAAAUACGACAAGCAGCAACAAUGAUUAACAAUAACAAUUAUUUAAUUAUCUGUGAUGAUAAUCACUAUUAUCGCAGCAUGCGCUAUAAACUAUAUCAAUUGUGCCGCUCCAGAAACUGUAUUUAUGCACAAAUUUACAUCUGCAGAGAUUUGGCAUCAUGUCUAGAAGCCAACGAGGCACGUGGAGCAACUAUACCCUGUAAUAUAAUACAACAGAUGCAUGCACGACUGGAGGCACCCACUGAUAAUGCUUGGGAGUGCAACAAUUUGACACUAAAUCAGCUGGAUUUUAUAGCAAUUAAAGAGUUUACGAAAUCCUUGCUCCUUUGCCAAUUAGAGGAACCUUCUCAGAACUGGACACAACCCAAGCAGACACAAUUACAAUCCUUGUCACAUCAGUUGGAUCUGCUGUUGCGUUCCAGAAUCAAAAUCCAAAUACAGAACUCCAACUCCAAGGCAGCAGAAAGUCGCAUUUUAAAUGAGAAACGUAAACAGAUUUUGGCGCAAUUUCGACAGGAAAUCAAUGAUAAACAGACGGCAGUUAAUGAUGAACAACUGCAAUACUAUGUUAAUUUGUUCAACUAGUCUAAAGUUAAUUAAGCUACAAUUGUUUACAAUGUAUAAAACAUAAAUUCACAGCUGGCAAACGUUGUUAAUAGUAUAUAACAUUUGCAUUAUUACAAAACUAGAUUUAUUUAGCAGGGAAACGAAAUAAAAAAAAAUAAAGUAAAUUUAACUUAAA